AUGGAGCCUCUGUUCCCGGUCCCCACGCUGGCCGGCUGGAACGCCUCCGCGGCGGCGGCCCCCGGCGCGGGCGGCCACAACGGGACGCUGGCGGGGCCGGCGGCCUCGCCGGGGGCCCGCGCCGUGGUGGUGCCCGUGCUGUACCUGCUGGUGUGCGUGGUGGGGCUGGGGGGUAACGCUCUGGUCAUCUACGUGGUGCUGCGCCACGCCAAGAUGAAGACGGUCACCAACAUCUACAUCCUCAACCUGGCCGUGGCUGACGUGCUGCUCAUGCUGGGGCUGCCCUUCCUGGCCACGCAGAACGCCGUCUCCUACUGGCCCUUCGGCCCCGUCCUGUGCCGCCUGGUCAUGACCUUGGACGGCAUCAACCAGUUCACCAGCGUCUUCUGCCUGACCGUCAUGAGCGUGGACCGCUACCUGGCCGUCGUCCACCCCAUCCGCUCCGCCCGCUGGCGCCGCCCCCGGGUGGCCAAGCUGGCGAGCGCGGGCGUCUGGACCUUCUCGCUGCUCAUGUCGCUGCCCCUGGUGGUCUUUGCGGACAUCCAGGAGGGCUGGGACACCUGCAACGUCAGCUGGCCGGAGCCCGUGGGCCUGUGGGGCGCCGUGUUCAUCAUCUACACUUCCGUGCUGGGCUUCUUCGGGCCGCUGUUGGUCAUCUGCCUGUGCUACCUGCUCAUCGUGGUCAAGGUGAAGGCGUCGGGCGUGCGCGUGGGCGCCACGCGGCGGCGCUCGGAGCGCAAGGCGACCCGCAUGGUGGUGGUGGUGGUCGUGGUGUUUGCGGGCUGCUGGCUGCCUUUCUUCAUCGUCAACAUCGUCAACCUGGCCUUCGUCCUGCCCGCGGAGCCCGCCUCCGCGGGCGCCUACUUCUUCGUCGUCGUCCUGUCCUACGCCAACAGCUGCGCCAACCCCGUGCUCUACGGCUUCCUCUCUGACAACUUCCGCCAGAGCUUCCGGAAGGUUCUGUGCCUCCGCAAGGGCUACGGCGCCGAGGACGCGGAGGCCGCGGAGCCCCAGGCCGACAAGAGCGGCCGGCUUCGGGAGGCCACGACGCCCGCGCGCGGCUCCGAGGCCAACGGGCUCAUGCAGACCAGCCGGCUGUGA